UCUGCGUAAUAUCGCAACGAGUUAUAAGGACUGUACACACAAACGAGAAAGUUAUAUUUAAAAUUUAGCCUGGGCAUAGCAAUGACAUGCCAUGCAUUUGUUUUCCAUAAUCAACACUUUUUUUUUAAUAAUAGCGGCAUGGUUUCAACUUCAAGCAGGGUUGCAGACGAAGUUCGCUUAAAGCAGAAAAUACCACACGCAGAGGUGCCCAGCAUACGGCCUGCAGCGCCCGCUCGUUUUAACCAGACACAACAUAAUUUCACUUUUAACAUCGUCAUGAUUCUGGCAAAACCGCCGUGUUCUGGCCCGUGAAAUUUUAUAUCAUGUCCAGUGCGGCCCUCGGGCGAGAAAAGGUUGGGCACCACUGAUCGAGCUAACGCAUGCCACAAUUAUUUGAACAUUUAAAAAUAGACUUCGCUUUGUGAUUGAGACCUAGAAUCACAGAGCAGAGCUGUCAGCUGGUGCUGCUGCUGCGACAUAGUACGAAAGCUGUAACGUAUGCUGGCAACUGGAUGCUGCUGCUGCUGCUGUGAUGACAAAGUGUUUGUGACUGGCAUUGCUCGAUCUAUAUAAGCACCAUGGAGGACCAAGGAGAGAAAAUCAAGGAUGACUUUCUAACAUGUCCCCUUUGCCUGGAGCUGUACACAGAGCCAAAAGUUCUUAACUGUCAGCACACUUUCUGCCUGCAAUGUUUACGGCAAUACAUGCAAUGCCAAAGCGCAGCUCAAAAAAAUUGCUGUUGCCCCCUUUGCAAGGAGUUAACUGUCAUACCUUCUAAUGAUGUUCAGAAUCUGAAGAACAAUUUUUUGGUGAUUGGUUUGCUGCAAUGUUUUAACAGUCAGAGUGGACCUAAAGGAAGGUGUUUUGGUCUUCCCAGUAAAGGACCAGGAGAAAGCUGUCCAGCAUGUGAAGAGAGGAGAGAAUGCAACAGUUAUUGUGAUGAGUGCCAGAUGUGGCUCUGUGGGACAUGUGUCCGCAGUCACACAAAGCUACCUUCAACUAAGAGUCAUCAUCUGCUUUCUCUUAAUGAGAUUAAGGACCACAGUUUGGACAGACUCCAGCAGGUAGAUGAAGUUUUACAAAAGCUUUUUGAGGAGACUGAUGCCCACUUGUCAGAUAUCACACUUAAGCGUCAGAAUUUGGCAGAACAGGGUGCUUUGGCUAGUGUUACAGUCAAUGCUAGUGGCAGAGAGCUACGGAACAUAAUUGAAGAAAAAUGCUCAAAGAUAACAUCAGAAAUAUGCUGCCAAGUGUCAUACGUAGAUGAUAAGAUCCACAAGAUCCAAUCAGAAAUGGAGCUUAGAAAGGGACAACUGGAAAAUGCUAGAAAAAUGGUUAGCGAAGCCAGGUCCUCACAGUUGGAAUGCAUGCAUUUGGUGCCAGAGAUUGAGCAGCUGAUGCGCAGUUUGAUUCCACUUUCUGAGGUUUCUUCUGAAAUCAAAUCUGCAACAGCCCUGCAGUUUCGCCAGUCACUGAUCGUUGCAUCUAUGCUGAAGUCUGAAGCUUUGGGGUAUCUUGAGAAAGUGCAGCAUUGUGGAGUUCAGGAUAUUCAGGAAAUCUUUCCAGAUCAAGCAUUGGCAGCACAGCUUCUGUCACAUACAGACAUGGGGUUUGUUUCAAGCAUUGCCCUCACUGACUCUUCCAUAUUUGUGGCUGCUGGGUGUGGGCAUCUCCAGAUCUUGUCCAAGAAUCCUUGCAAGAGUCAAGCUGAUACUGUUCCAAAGCCGUAUAGGAUGUGGAAAAAACCAUGGGGUAUUGCAACAACUCCGUUCCAGACAGUACUAGUAACUGAUGCUGGAGCUAAUCCUGGAGAUGGGUUUGUCGCUGUUUUGAAGAACAAUGGUCAUUUUAUGCACUGCAUUGCUAACGGAAUGUCUCUUCCCCGUGGCGUGGCGAUGCAUGCUGACAACGUCUACGUGUGUGACCAGGAAGAUCGGUGUGUCUACGUGUUUGACUAUAAGCAGUCACGUCUCAUCAAGGUUCUGAAGAAGGAUGCUGUUGGGAAUUUCCAUUUCAUCUCUCCUCUUCACAUCGCAGUCACCCCAAGUGGCAACGUCAUUGUCUCUGAUGCUGGUCGAUUUGUGAAGAUAUUCUCCUCAGACUUUCAGCUCAAGGGAUGCUAUAGCUCAUCCUUUUGUGACUCUGAGCUGUGGGGGGUGUGUAGCACAGGAGUUGAAGAGAACAUCUAUGUAGCUGACUGGAAGCAUGGUGUACAUGUGUUGUCUUCGAAUGGAAACUUUAAGGGAAUCUUGAAGACUCCUGCUGACACCAGCAAGAUCAUGGAGCCCACUGCCUUGGCUUAUUGUACAACAACAGAAAGGCUCUAUGUUGGCACCUCUAGCACACAGGUUUACGUCUUGACGCCUGUCUAGAAUAUGUUGAAAUGCAGGAUGGAGUGGAACAUUUAUAGGAUUUCUUUUGGUUUUUUUUGUGGAAAAAUUCGCUUUUUGCCAACAGCUGUUUAAAUUGUGGAUUUUGUUUUGGAAAGAGUAGAAUUGGUAGGGAAAACAGGCUUAAGAAAUGUGUACAUUAUAAAUUGGAGACUGCAGGUGUUUGUUGCAGAACUAUAAGACACAAUUAUGAAAACACACAGGCAAAUAUGCCCAUAGAUGUAUAAAAAUGACUUUAAAAUAAGUCAAGUUUUUCAAUUUUAUUUUGCAGGAAUGAAUGUGUAAAUAUUAUGAAAUUUUUUAUUUCUUUCAUUCAAAUGCUCAAGUGCACUUCCUGGUUCUUCCAAGAUUCUACUCUGUGUAUGUGUGUGAGAUACAUGUGCAAAAGUUCUAGAUAAUAUAAACAUUGUGUCCUAGACUUUAGAGACUGUUUCAGUUCUCUAUUAUUUAGUUGAAUUUUCUUAGACACUUAUCAUUUUAUCUCACUGCAUCUUCUCCUAUUUCUGCCUGUCAUUGUUUUAUGUAUGUGUAUAGGGAAUCUUUUUAUACUAAUAGUUUAAAUUAACCUGAUAUGACUGGAGCAUUAUAGGUGGGUGUUGUGUUUUCUAUCUGCAAUGAAAACCAAGAAUAACUUCGGAAUUGUUAUUGUGUCAGAAACAAACUAAAACAUAAACAUUGUCUAUAAUAACUUCUUCACUUUUAAAUAUAAAACAAAUCUAAAUUAAUGAA